AUGACCAAUGUAUUAAAACUGUCCAACAACGAAAUAACUCAUUUAUCAUCAUCUAUUUCUCAUCUUCGUAGUCUCAAAGUUCUUCACCUGGACAAAAAUCGGUUAUCAGAAAUAACAGAAACUCUUGUAAACUGUAAACAGCUUGCAGAGUUAAAUCUAUCAGCAAACUGUCUCCAAGUCCUUCCUUCCUCUCUCUGUUCACUGAUAAAGUUACGUAUCCUUGAAGUAGCCAAUAAUCAACUAGAACAUCUCCCACAUGAUAUCGGAAAACUUCACGAUCUCCGUCAUCUUGUUUUACAUGACAAUAAAUUAUGGUUUCUUCCAUUCUCUAUCACCAAUUUUCAUAAAUUAUGGAGCCUACAACUGGCAGGGAAUCUAUUUGAUCAUAUUCCUAUGCAAGUUUGUCAGCUGACUUCACUACACACAUUAAACUUUGCACGGAAUCGUCUGAUGGAUGUUCCUUCAGAUUUUGACAGUUUGCGGAACUUACGUGAACUUAACUUAUCUCAUAACAGGUUCACAUCCGUUGGGACAAUGAUAAUUCGUUUGGAGCAGCUUAAGUAUCUGAACAUGUCUCACAAUCGUUUGCAAGCUUUACCUGUGGAAAUGCAGCGUCUAAGACAUCUAAAAGUCCUUCACGUCCAAAACAAUCAAAUCCAAUCAAUUGCAGAUGUUUUCCCAAACGUCCAAUUUCUAAAUUUAGCAAAUAAUGACUUGACAAUUAUGUCUGUGUCACAAAUGUUGAAAAUGGUGAAUUUGAAUAUCAGCCACAACCAAUUGGAAGUUCUUCCACAAGGAUUAUCGCUACUCAGAAAUUUGAAAUUUUUACAUCUCAACAAAAAUCUCCUCCGAGAGGUAACUCCAGAUAUUGUGCGUCUGAGGAAAUUAGAAACUCUCGACCUCUCAGAUAAUAAACUGACAAUGUUACCGAUGGUCGUGUAUAAAAUACAGACACUUAAAUCUUUCAAUAUCCAUGGGAAUAAUAUAGCACCUCUUGCUCCAGGAACACUAGAACCCAUACAUAGAGGUUCAACAGAAGAUUCUACAAGAAUUUCAGAUCGAGUCAGGAUUCCCGAUCCAGAAGAACCUGCAAUGAUUCUUCAAGAAAAAUCCAGGAAGUCAACAAAAACGUAUUCUGAGAAUUUUAUAAUGAAACCUCAUGAAACGCAGGAUGUUAACUCUAGACCCUCAACAGCUCCAGACCACAAGAGCUUCAGUUUCUUCAAAAGGAAGGCUGGAAAAUCGAAGAGUAAAAGUCAUUUGACAACAGAUUCAAGGUCCCAUCAAACCCUUAGCUAUUCUAUAACGAAGUCUAAAUCGAAAAGACAAAAUAAUGCAUCAUGGGAUUUGAAUAAGACUGUGACAUCGCAUGCUUCUCUGGAGACGCUACCAGGAUUAGAAGAAAUGAAAUCAUAUGCUAGUCCAGCUAUGACUAGAAAUCAUUCAGAAAGUAAUCUAAAUAUGGCAACGCACGAGUCAAUGAAUAUUUUAUCCACUGCAGAAUUUCAGAUCGACGAGAUCCACGCCGAUUUUUCCUCUGAAGAUGAAGAUUUUAACGACAACCAUUCCAAUAAUUCUUUUGUGAGUAAACCUUCACUACAGGCUAUUACAAGACGACUGGUUACAGCAGACAUCCCUGCCUACAAAUCUAACAAUAAUAUCCGGGAAAGUCACCAUGACAACACAGGUCAAUGGUAUUUAGGUAAAGGUUAUGAUCCUAACAAGGUUGAAAGUCAACAUGUAACAGAUUAUAAUCUAUUGGGUGUUUGUACCGAGUUAGAGACGAUGAUGAGUAAAAAACUUCUACAUCCAGCCCUUAUAUUAAACACAGGAUUAUCUAAAAGAUUUAAUGAGAAAGUUUUAAAGAAGACUGAUGAUGGAUUAUGGAGAAUGAGUAUGGAUGAAGAAGAUGACAAUGUCAAGGCAGACGAUGGGGUUUAUGGUAUAGAAUACAGUCCAGUUGAAACAUUUACAAUAACGGAGAAUGGUGGUCAUUAUGUAUCUAACUAUGAUGGUAAUAUCCAGGUUGUAGUGCCGACACGAGCUGUACCCACGACAGUUCAUUCUACAAUACAGGUUCUCAAAAUCAACGAAAAAGUAUUGUCACAAGUUCAACAAUUAAACAGAUUUGCCAACAAUGUCUUACAUAUUGGUCCAAUUGUAAUGUUACAAUUACUUGAAGAGGUUAACUUCGACAGUCAGGUGAAGGUCACUAUACCUGCUCCUAGAUCGAUGAAAGGUCAUCUGAUAUUGUUAACAAUACAAGGAGAUAAUUCUUGUAUACCUAGUUCUAGUGGGUAUCAGUAUAACCGAGGAUUGGUCACAUUUAACACAUGGCAUUUUACAAGACGAGUUGCUAUAGUGACCAAGGCUAAAUGUAAAUACAAGGCCUGCAAAUCAAUGGAGCAGAUUCUACAAUGUCUUGGACUGGUUGAUGGUGUAUAAAGAUGGAUUAUUAUUUAUAGCAAAACCUAUCUAUGUCUUGGACAAGAAAACCAUUUAGAUUAAAACAUAUCAAUAUAUAUUGGACUAGUUGAUUGUGUCUAAAGGAUGGAUUAUCAUUUAUAGUAAAUAUAUAUCUAUAUCUUGGAAUGGCUAGAUUGUGUCUGAAAACUGGACUAUCAUAAAAUAAAUGCAUUAGUUAAAGACAUACAUGGAACUUUUGGAUAGCUGGGUAUUGUUAAGUUUCUUAAAAGAGGCUGUAAAUUUUCUGUGAUUGUGGUUGUUAAAAAACCCUCUUCAUUUCA